CCCGCCCCUAUUGUUCUGCCCCCGGCCUCCCGCCCUUCCCCUUCCCGCCCGCUCCCCUUUUCCCCUCAGUCGCCUCGCGCCUGCAGUUUUUGGCUUCACCCCCACCAGUGACCAAAGACUUGACCACUCAAAGUCCAGCUCCCCAGAACACUGCUCGACAUGGACACCGGUGUGAUUGAAGGUGGAUUAAACGUCACUCUCACCAUCCGGCUACUUAUGCAUGGAAAGGAAGUUGGCAGUAUCAUCGGAAAGAAAGGAGAAUCAGUUAAGAAGAUGCGUGAGGAGAGUGGUGCACGUAUCAACAUCUCAGAAAGGAAUUGUCCUGAGAGAAUUAUCACUUUGGCUGGACCCACUAAUGCCAUCUUCAAAGCCUUUGCUAUGAUCAUUGACAAACUGGAAGAGGACAUCAGCAGCUCUAUGACCAAUAGCACAGCUGCCAGUAGACCCCCAGUAACCCUGAGGCUGGUGGUCCCUGCUAGUCAGUGUGGCUCUCUCAUUGGGAAAGGUGGUUGCAAGAUCAAGGAAAUACGAGAGAGUACAGGGGCUCAGGUCCAGGUGGCAGGGGAUAUGCUCCCCAACUCAACUGAGCGGGCCAUCACUAUUGCUGGCAUUCCGCAAUCCAUCAUUGAGUGUGUGAAACAGAUCUGCGUGGUCAUGUUGGAGUCCCCCCUGAAGGGCGUGACCAUCCCGUACCGGCCCAAGCCGUCCAGUUCUCCAGUCAUCUUUGCAGGUGGUCAGGCCUAUACCAUUCAAGGACAGUAUGCCAUUCCACAGCCAGAUUUGACCAAGCUGCACCAGUUGGCAAUGCAACAGUCUCAUUUUCCCAUGACGCAUGGCAACACCGGAUUCAGUGGUUUGGAUGCAUCUGCUCAGACUACUUCUCAUGAACUCACCAUUCCAAACGAUUUGAUUGGCUGCAUAAUCGGGCGCCAAGGCGCCAAAAUCAAUGAGAUCCGUCAGAUGUCUGGGGCGCAGAUCAAAAUUGCGAACCCAGUGGAAGGAUCUACUGAUAGUCAGGUUACCAUCACUGGAUCUGCUGCCAGCAUUAGCCUGGCUCAAUAUCUAAUCAAUGUCAGGCUUUCCUUGGAGACGGGUGGCAUGGGGAGCAGCUAGAACAAUGCAGAUUCAUCCAUAAUCCCUUUCUGCUGUUCACCACCACCCAUGAUCCAUCUGUGUAGUUUCUGAACAGUCAGCGAUUCCAGGUUUUAAAUAGUUUGUAAAUUUUCAGUUUCUACACACUUUAUCAUCCACUCGUGAUUUUUUAAUUAAAGCGUUUUAAUUCCUUUCUCUGUUCAGCUGUUAAUGCUGAGAUCCAUAUUUAGUUUUAUAAGCUUCUCCCCUCCCCCCUUUUUUUGGCUCAUGAAUUUUUUUUUUCUGUUUGUCAUGGAAAUGUAAGAGUGGAAUAUUAAUACAUUUCAGUUUAGUUCUGUAAUGUCAGGAAUUUUUCAAAAAAAUUAAAAGAUGGACUGGA